AUGGAAAUACUGGGAGUUAAAGACCUAGAUGAAACGCUUGAGCCACAGUCUAUCCAGCUCCCAGUAAAUGUCAGAACCCUAAAUGACUUGCAAAAAUUACUAGGGACCAUAAACUGGGUAAGGCCAUACUUGGGCCUUAAAACAGACCGAUUGAAACCACUCUUCGAUCUGUUGAAGGGUGACACUGAUUUAAUGUCUCCCCAGUCACUAACCAAAGAAGCCACCUUAGCCCUAGAGAAGCUGGCUGAUGGCCUGCAACAGAAAAGGGCAAAGGAACUGCGCACAGCGCGGCAGAGGGAAGACAAGCAAUGCCAUUACUACAUUGGGGGGUGGGGGGGGCAGGUCUACCCUGGCGAUGUGGCUCGCGUCCCUAUCUCCAACCACUUGCUUCACUUCAGCCAGGCCAAAAUCUCCAAGCCAGCACCUUACUGGGAAGGAACAGCAGACAUUAACGGAGAGUUUAAAGAGCUGAAGUUAAUAGACUAUGAAGGAAAACAUCUUGUCAUCCUCUUCUAUCCUCUUGACUUGAUUAAUACGUCUCAAAAACAAGAAGGACUCGGACUUAUAAGGAUUCCACUUCUUUUGGAUUUGAUACACCACAUUUCAAAGGAUUACAGAGUAUAUCUGGAAGAUCAAGGGCAUACACUUAGAGGCCUUUUCUUUGUUGGCAAUAAGAGAAUCCUUCAGCAGAUAACAAUGGAUGACCUUCCUGUUGGGAGAUCAGUGGAUAAAACGCUUAGUUUAGUACAAGCAUACAAGACAAAUGUGGAGAAGGUGCAGUCUUAA